AUGCUGAUCUGUUGGGAGAGCAGCUCACUGAUGAACAUCGUCAAAGUGUGUGAGGAGACCAUUGAAUACUUCAAUACAAUAUUACUGGAUCCUGGAACAACAAUACAAGUGAGACGAAGUGUUCAAGCGCACAUCAACCAACUCAACUGGUUUGCCGGUCAGUUCUCCAGACUCGGUAACCAAAUUGUUGGUGGAGAUCUCAACCAAGGAGACUUGGAGAAUGCUUUUGCUGGUAACAUCCAGACUGGAUGUGUCAUCAACCAACGUCACAAAGAUCCAGCAUCAUUUCUCCAGGCCUCACGGGACAUCAUCAUCAACAAGGUACAGAGUGUCUUGAGAGAUCUGGCAGGGUUGAAAGUGAAUGUUGAAGUCUUUUGCACAUUCCGGAAACAAGAAGAUGUAGAAGAGCGAAAGUCUUUCAUCACCAAAAGCCGUGAGAUUCUCCCUGCCACAUCUCUUCAGGAUUUGUUUAGUCAACAUGUCUACGAUAAAUUACUUCAAAGAAUUGAAGAUUUUGAGCAUGAGGGUUCCGGAUGGAGUCUACUUGGACCGAACAGCUUGAUGGUGACUAUGUCAAGAUUCGCACCAACCCAAGUUGGAAACUCCACCUUCGUCGUAUUACCGAGGGAUAUUAUCAAGAAGAAUGCGGUUACGAACAUCCAGAACAAUGAUGAGUUCUGCUUCCUGUGGUGUGUCAACGCUGCCUUGCAUCCACCAGUAUUGGUUCCGGGUGAUCCUACAAGUUAUCGUCACUUCAGCAUCAGAUUAAAUUAUGAAGGUAUUCAAUUUCCAAUCAAACUUAAUGAUGUACCAAAAUUUGAAAAAAUGAAUGACCUUAGCAUUAACGUAUAUGGUAUAGAUUCUGAAUUCACGGGACACCGAGUAGAUUGUUUUAAAACUAACAAAGUUCGUAUGGAAUUUCCUAGUGAAAAAAAUAAGAUUUUAAAAUUCAAAGAUUUUAAGUCCAAAGAUACUGUACCGUUUGUAGUUUACGCGGAUCUAGAAUGCAUACUCGAACCCCCGGGAGAUGAUGAAAAACCAACUCAUAAACAUGUUCCACACAGUAUUGCUUAUUAUCUAUGA